CUGAGGGACACCUGUCUGAGCAAAAUCUGAUAAGCGCUGUGCUUUGUCAGAAACAGUUCAGAGAAUUUACAAAGAGAGAGAAAAAAUGAGAGAAAACAGGGAACAGCAGGCGUACUCGCAAUAUGGAUCGGGGAUUUAUAAUCAUUUCAAAGAGACGAUUAGGCCUUAUAUCAAGUUACCUGCAAGAUUAUCCAUCUUCGUCUUCCUCAUCUUCCUCCUCGUCUGCUCGUUCGUCUCCACGCGCCUCCUUGACUCCACUGCUAUUCUUAGCGGCUCCGCUCAGAAGCCGUUCUUAGCUACCGAAACAUCCGCCCAUGUCCCCCUCGACUGCGCUGCUUUUAAUCUCACGAGAAAAUGUCCGGCGUAUUUCCCCACUUCCAUUUCAGAAAAUCAUGGCGGUCCAUCUGUUUCAGCUUGUCCAGAAUACUUCCGUUGGAUCCACGAAGACCUGCGUCCGUGGGCUGGCACGGGGAUAACGAGAGAAAUGGUUGAGAGAGCUAAAACGACGGCGAAUUUUAGGUUGGUGAUUGUGAAUGGCAAAGUCUAUUUGGAGAAGUACCGGAGGGCGUUUCAGACGAGAGAUGUUUUUACUCUGUGGGGAAUCCUCCAGCUGUUACAGAGAUACCCAGGAAAAGUGCCGGACUUGGAGCUGAUGCUUGAUUGCUUUGACUGGCCCGUUGUGAAAUUAAGCGAGUAUAGUGGGGAAAGGCCCAACUCCACGACCCCUCCCCCUUUGUUUGGGUACUGUGGAGAUGAUGACACACUCGAUAUCGUUUUCCCUGACUGGUCCUUUUGGGGAUGGCCUGAGACCCAUAUAAAGCCAUGGGAGAAUUUGCUGAAUGACUUGAAAGAAGGCAACAAGAAGACCAGAUGGAUUGACAGGGAGCCUUAUGCUUACUGGAAAGGAAAUCCAAAAGUUUCUCAAACCAGGCAGGAACUUAUGAAAUGUAACGUCUCAGAACAACAAGACUGGAAUGCUCGUGUGUAUGCUUUGGACUGGGAUCGAGAAUCAAAGCAAGGGUACAAGCAAUCAAACUUAGCAAGCCAAUGUAAUCACAGGUAUAAGAUCUAUAUUGAAGGAUAUACAUGGUCAGUCAGCGAAAAAUACAUUCUUGCCUGCGACUCUGUUACUUUAAUUGUAAAACCACAUUACUAUGACUUCUUCACGAGAAGUCUCAGGCCAAUUGACCACUACUGGCCUAUAAAGGACAAUGAAAAGUGCAGGUCCAUUAAGUUUGCUGUUGAGUGGGGUAACACCCACAAGCAGAAGGCACAGGCCAUUGGAAAGGCAGCCAGUGAAUUCAUUCAGGAGGAAUUGAAGAUGGAUUACGUGUACGACUAUAUGUUUCAUCUCUUGAAUGAGUAUGCUAAGCUCUUGACCUUCAAACCAAUUAUACCUCCAAAAGCUAAAGAACUUUGUUUAGAAUACAUGGCUUGCCGAAUGGGUGGACUAAAGAAGGAGUUCAUGAUGGAAACCAUGGUGAAGAGUCCCGCAGAGACAAAUCCAUGCACGUUGCCUCCUCCCUACGAUCCUCAAUCACUUCACGCCAUUUUUAGGAGAAGAGAGAUAUCAAUAAAACAAGUGGAGUCAUGGGAGAAGCAGUACUGGGACGAUCAUAAUAAUUAGAAUCUACAAAAGGAAUAUAUACAGUGCCUUCAAUUCAGAUGGUUAUUUUAUUAUUGUUUAAUGCCAUUUUUAGCAGAAAAAUACAUUAAAUAAAACAUGUAGAGUCGUGUGAUCUGCUGGGGAAUAUUUAAAUAAUUAAUGAGAUCUUGUAGAGGAAUUUGUAGUAUAAUUAGUUUGUGUCA